AUGAGAAACAUCAGAGCCGCAGUGAUUGACAGGCUGCAUAUCCGGGCUCUGUGGGGGGGUCCCUGGAACAGUAGCCCGGCCGCGUGCUUUCGGGUCGCCCCUUUCAGCUCGGGAUCAUCCUGGUGCUUGACUCUCUUCUCCGGGGGCUUGUUGACUCCGCAGCAGGGACAGCUCUGUCCUCCUCACCCUCCUCAGACUGUCCUCCUCACCCUCCUCAGACUGUCCUCCUCACCCCCAGCUCUGUCCUCCUCACCCUCUCAGACUGUCCUCCUCACCCCCUCAGACUCUGCUCCUCACCCCCUCAGACUGUCCUCCUCACCCCCUCAGAUUGUCCUCCUCACCCCCUCAGACUAUUGUCCUCCUCACCCUCUCAGACUGUCCUCCUCACCCCCUCAGAUUGUCCUCCUCACCCUCUCAGAUUGUCCUCCUCACCCCCUCAGACUGUCCUUCUCACCCCCUCAGAUUGUCCUCCUCACCCCCUCAGAUUGUCCUCCUCACCCUCUCAGACUGUCCUCUUCACCCCCUCAGACUGUCCUCCUCACCCUCUCAGAUUGUCCUCCUCACCCCCUCAGACUGUCCUUCUCACCUCCUCAGACUGUCCUUCUGACCUCCUCAGACUGUCCUCCUCACCCCCUCAGACUCUGCUCCUCACCCCCUCAGACUGUCCUCCUCACCCCCUCAGAUUGUCCUCACCUGCUCAGACUGUCCUCCUCACCCCCUCAGACUCUGCUCCUCACCACCUCAGACUGA